AUGCGUACCUAUACUACAUUACUUACCUUCUCGGUAGCCAUGCUGUUUGUAUCUCGGGUCCUUGCUAGUCCUGAUCUUGAGGCUCGACAGAACUCCAGCAACGCUACAGCGUCAACAUCUUCCUCUUCCUCUAGCACUUCCUCGUCAUCGGCUGCUUCAGACACCGAAAGUGGCACUCCUGCUGGCGUUGGCACUGGUUCAUCCGGCUCGGGUGAGGGUUCUUCGGGCCAGAACACCGUUAGCGAUGCAAGUCUGAGAUAUGGUGUUCCAGGAGGCGUGUUAGGGGCUGUUGGUCUUGGUGUUGUACUGUUGACACUGUAA